AUGCCACGAUCCAAGAUAAAGCCUGCCACCACUAGGCCGAUUUUGCGUAGUCAGACUGUGGCCAAAAUCAACAAAAAUAUCUCACGAACCAAGAAGCCAGUCAAGCGAAAAAAAGACUUGGAUUUGGAUUCGGACUCAGACUCAGAGCCUUCUCCUCAGCAGGACUUUGUUGAGAAAGCCGGGUUAUCCAUUGGUCGCAAAACAACCCGCGAGAAAUUACUUGAACUGUUGGGCACGCGCGCCAAACCAAAAAAACCCCGCAUCUCAAGCCAGUUGGUUAGCUCUCGACGAAACUCAAAAGCACAGAAUCAAGAUGAUCAACUCGCCAUAUUCAACCAACCCUCAGACAAGAAGACUGAUUACAGUAACUUCGACGACGACCAGCUGUUCGAGAUGUUAAAAACCGUUGGACUAGACACAACUGGAUUUGAUAGGAUCGAGCUACUGAAAAACUGCAAUGCCUAUACCGAAUUAACUAAUGAGAUGUUUAAUCCAGUAAUCAUCCCCUCUUCCUCGCAAAAGCAGGCCGGUCCUGAUCCUAUACAUCCAAAACGCAGGAGCUCUUCAUCAACUCUCGUCAAGACUCAGGCAAGUACCAGCAAUCCUGGUGGUUCUAUCCAUGAAAUGGUACCAAAUAAAAGCCUGCUAGGCGAGAUGAGCACGAGUCUACCGAAAGCUCGUAAAUCUGUUACAUUCCUUGCAACCCCGGAACUUCCACAGCCCCUUUCACGCCAGUCAGAUAGGUCUCGACAACAACACUCCGAAACCCAACUCUUGAUUGAAGAUGAUCAAGUGGCCACAGACGACCAAGCCUCAGACGAGAAGACUGAUUACAGUCACUUCGACGACGGCCAGCUGUUCGAGAUGUUAAAGACCGUUGGACUAGAUACAACUGGAUUUGAAAGGAUCGACCUAUUGAAAAACUGCAAGGCCUAUACCGACCUAACUAAUGAGAUGCUUGAUACAGUAAUCCUCCCUUCGCCUUCACAACAGCAGGUUGAUCCCGAUCCGAAACAUCCAAAACUCAGCAGCUCAUCAUCAAGUCUUGUCAAUACUCAGGCGGGCAGCAAAAAUCCUGGUAGUUCUAUCAAUGAAAUGAUACCAAAUCAACGCUUACUAGACAAGAUGGGCAUGAGUACACCUGAAUCUCACCAAUCUGGCUCAUUACUCCCAAGCCUCGAACAUAAACGGUUCUUGUACCCUCGACCGCGCCCAACCAUCCUAUCUUCCGCUACUUCGACUCGAAAAAAAACUGAUACUAAAGGGAAGGCUAAAGCAGUAUCACCUAAUCUAUCCGAUUCUGAUUGGAAUCCAGAAGACCAACAUCGAGAUGGGUCAGAUACUGAAAAUGAUACCAUGAUACCUGAAGAAGACUCUGAUCUCCCUUCACCAUUGAUUAAUGAAUCACAAAGCCCUUUACGUGCUCACUCGCCCAAAGACUAUGCGCGGCAUGAAAGCUCUACUGGCUUUAACAGCAAGACCUUAGACAUUGAAACUUUACAUAUCCUCUUGAUUCAAACCAACAGGAAGGUAGAGUCACUUGAAAACGAUGUGAAAACCUUGACCAAUUUUGUCCACAAGUUGGCGGGAACGUGUGGCGAUCACGAUACACCUCGAUCAAAAGGACGUGGCGGCCGAACAUCAGACUUCCGGAAGGAUCACAACUUCAACCUCCACCAAGUCCAACAUCCAAAGAUACACAGAGCUCAAUAG